AUGGACUUUGUAACUGGGUUGCCGAGGACUAGGUCGGGACUUAAUGCGGUUUCGAUGAUCGUGGAUUACUUAACCAAGUUCGCUCACUUUCUGCCUAUCCGAGUGAACUAUUCAUUGGAGGAAUUAGCGAGGCUAUACAUCAAAGAGAUUGUAAGGUUGCAUGCCGGUGAGACAAGUGUGUUGGGUCCGGAUUUGAUAGCUGAGACUACUGAGAAGAUCAAACAGAUUCGAGCUAGAAUCCUAACUGCACAGAUCCGACAGAAGAGUUAUGCGGGUCAGAGAAGGAAACCAUUGGAAUUUGAAGUGGGUGAACAUGUAUUUCUAAGGGUUACUCCAACAACUAAGAUCGAAAGGGCGAUCAAAACGAAGAAGUUGAAUCCGAGGUUUAUCGGACCUUUUGAAGUGUUGAGGCGAGUCGGGCCGGUGGCAUAUCAAGUAGCUUUGCCGCCGCAUUUAUCUAACUUGCAUGACGUGUUCCAUGUGUCACAACUUUGGACGCACACAUCGGAUACGGCUCAUGUGUUAGAUCCCGAGUCGGUCAAAUUGAAGGAGAACCUGACUUUUCAAGUCACACCAGUGCAGAUCGAAGACACUAGUGUGAAGAAGUUACGUGGAAAGGAAGUUCUGUUGGUAAAGGUAGCUUGGAAUAGAGCUGGAAUGGAGGAGCACACAUGGGAGUUGGAGUUAGAAAUGCGAAAGAAUUAUCCGGAGUUAUUUUCAGGUAUUGAUGGUGAUGAUAUUGGUAUGUAUAGCUUGAUAUUUGGUGACUUUUGGAAGUGGUGUUAG